UAUAAAUUUUACAAUUAACUUUUUUCGGAUACCUCGCUUGCGUUGUUAUUCAAAAUUUGAUUCAAUUUCUACUACGUUCUUUGCUAAUUCUGAAAUUACAAAAUUUACUUUUUCUAAUUUAAGAAAAGUAAAAAUGUCAACUGGAAUUCCUUCAAAUCCUGUAGAAUUAUGGAAUCAAAUACCGAAAUGGAAAAGUUUCGAAAAUUAUCAUCAACUUUGGAAAUGGUCUACUGACAACAUUUCGGAUUUUUGGGCUACAGUUUGGGAUUAUGUCAAAAUCAUACAUUCAGCUCCUUACGAACAGGUCGUAGAUUCUAAGCCAAUGAAUCAAAUACCUGCUUGGUUUUCCGGUGCAAAACUUAAUUUUGCCCAGAACUUAUUGCAAUGUCGUGAUGAAAAUAAAACUGCUAUUAUUUCAGUUGGUGAAGGCAGAAUUCCGAAAAAAAUUAGUUAUUGUGAUUUAUAUGAUCAAGUUAGAAGUAUGGCUGCUGCAAUGCGAAAGGUUGGUGUUAAAAAGAAUGAUCGAAUUAGUGCUUAUAUUUCGAACUGCCCUGAAGCUGUGAUUGCAAUGCUUGCCUCUGCUAGUAUUUGCGCAAUUUGGAGUAGUGCUUCUCCUGAUUUUGGUGUUUCAGGUGUUCUUGAUAGAUUUUCUCAGAUCCGUCCAAAAUUUUUAUUUUCUACAAAUUCUGUUGUAUAUAACGGAAACAACAUUGAUAUCUUGCCAAAACUUAAAAUCAUUGUUGGAAAGAGGGUUUAG